AUGGCAGACCCCUUACUGACAUCGCUCUGCACCAUCUGCCAUAUACAAACUCCUAAAUACAAAUGUCCUCGAUGCGGAACCCGAACAUGUUCCUUAGCCUGUGUGAAGAAGCAUAAGAAAUGGUCAUCAUGCAACGGAGAACGAGAUCCAACAGUAUAUAUGCCGCGGGAGAAGUUGAAGACGGAUGCCGGAAUCGACCACGACUACAACUUUUUAACCAAAAUCGAAAGAUCCGUCGAACGAGUUGAGAAGAUACUCAAAGAAGAAAAGGACAUACUACCACAAGAUGACACCGCAUCGCGACCGCCACCCAGCAAAAGAGCACGUCUCCAUAAGGGCCAAAGUCGCGGAAGGGUUACAUUUGAACAGAAUUCGCGGAGAUGGGACAAGAAUUCGAUGCAGCGGAUGCGGCAGCUGGGCAUCCGUGUUGCGUCUGUUCCCUACGGCAUGACUCGGGCAAAAGAGAACAAAACGAGCUGGAACAAGCGCACGAGAACUAUGAAUUGGCAAGUCGAAUGGCUUGAGUGGAAAUCUAUUGGCUCUGCUGAGGAAAGUCCCGAUACGGACCCUCGAAAAUUUUACAUAAGAUACUGGAUGAAGUUCCUCUCUACGUUGGAUUCGCAGAGAGUUUGGAAUAUCAUCGCCAGCGCCAUCUUAGCAACCAGGAACGUACGCAGGAAAAAGCAAAGAUCCCUGGAGGACAAGAAAAUAAUUACUGGGGGUGGCCAAGAACUGGCUACGACGGCUUGGAGUGGCGGGGAUUAUGUUAUGCAAGACUCGAAAACGGCUGCGUGGAACAACGAAAUUUCAGGGUCACAAAUAAUCGAGGGGCUGAAGGAUAAAUACCGUUUCUUCUACCUUAAGCCAAGGACACCUUCUAGGGAAGCACAAAGGCUCAUACCACUACGGCCAACCGACAACUUGGCUACCAUUCUACCUGGGCUCGACAUUGUCGAAUUCCCCACCAUAUAUGUAUUACCAGCUAACUCCACGGCCGUUCCUGAAGGAUGUGUUGUUGAGAGUAGACUGGGAAAAUCCAGGAAGCGGCAAGGUUCUGGUUUGGUUGGAUACUUGAGUGAAGAGGAGGGAGAGGCUAUGGAUGAACAAUUGGAUGGACAGGAUGAUGAUACUACGAGUAGUUCAGGGUCAGAUUCUUUUGACAUGUCAGAGUAA